AUGCAGGAGGAGCACAUCAGCGAGCAGCGGAAGCAGAUUAAUGUGUUGAAUUUGUAUCUCAACAGACCAACCCUCAAUGGAUGUGGAAGUGAAUGCCCCAAUUCGUCGGUUCCGUUAGAGAAAUCCCACUUUGAAAUUCAAUUGGGAAUGCUACGACGGUCUUCUUUCUCUCCUCUGGAACAAACUCGUGCCGUCCUUUCAGUCUACGUCGACCCGAAAUAUAAUCCGCUUACACUAGAAAAUGACAUUACCUUGUUGCGAGUGCAAGAACCCUUCCAACUGAACCAGUGGACCGCUCCCGCAUGCCUACCUAGUUUGGGUUAUUACCCGCGGAACGACACACUUUGCACCGUCGUCGGAUGGGGAAAUGUCCAAGAAAAUGGACCAGAUCGCCAUCCCUAUUACACCUCGCUGGAGGACAAGGAGCGCUACGACGGAGCCGUGGAGGAGGUCCGCCGCCAGGCGCCCGUCUUCACCGUCCCGCUCAACAACGUGGCCGGACUUCGGGAAGGAGAGAAUUCCCACUUCGAGGGCCGUUUGACUCCCACGGACGAUCCAAAACUCAAGGUCGAAUGGUUCUUCAACGGCAAACCUCUGAAGACGGGCUCUCGCAUCCGUACGUUCAGCGAUUUCGGCUUCGUCAUCUUGGAGAUCUCGCCUGUCUACCCAGAGGAUUCCGGCGAGUACUCUUGCCGGGCCACCAACGACUACGGCGAGGCCGUCACUUCGGCCUCGCUCAAAUGCCAAGGCAAGCGCAACGUCAUUUUCGAGUCCCAGCUGCCCAAGGGCAUGGAGCGGACCAUCGAGCGCAUCGCCGAAUUGGAAGGACUGGGCGGACGUCCGGCCGACCAAGCGGCCGAAACUGACACCGGCAAACCGCCCGAGUUUUUGAGCCAGCCGGGCGAUCUCCUCCUACCGGAGAACGGGCUGGCCCACUUUGAAACGAAAUUGACUCCGGUGGGCGAUCCCAGCCUGCGGGUCGAGUGGUUCCACAACGGCAAGGCCCUGCUGGCCGGCUCGCGUGUCAAGACCAUUUCCGACUUUGGCUUCGUCAUCCUGGAGGUGACGGGCGUCUACUCCCGCGACGCCGGCCUCUACACGUGCAAGGCCAGCAACAAGCACGGCGAGGCCUCUGUCUCGUGCACUCUGCAGGUCAAGGGCCGUCAGGGCAUCGUCCUGGAGCCGCAGCUGCCGCAGAGCUUCAAGAGCGGCACCCAGGCCAUCCAGAAGCUGGAGGAGAACCUCUACAAGAGGGACGAGCCGGCCGCGGCGGCCGACGAGCAGCCCAACCCGCCCAAGUUCGUCAGCGAGAUCAAGGACCUGGACCUGGUCGAGGGCCAGGCGGCCCAUUUCGACUGCCGGGUCGAGCCUGUCGGCGACGCUUCAAUGCGCAUCGAGUGGUUCCACAACGGGCGCCCGCUGGGCUCUGGCUCGCGCAUCCGCAUGCUGGACGAUUUCGGCUUCGUGGUCCUGGACAUUGACUGGACCUUCCCGCGCGACGCCGGCGAGUACGUCUGCCGGGCUACCAACCGCUGGGGCUCGGCCACCACCAAGGCCAAAUUGGUCACCAAGGGCAAGCGAGGCGUCAACACGGACUCGCAACUGCCGCAGGGCAUGACGGGCGAGAAGCUCCGAGACUUGGAGCGCGGCCCGGUCGUCGAGCGCUUCCAGGAGGACACGCCCGAAGUGGCGCCUCAUUUCACCCAGCAGGUGACGGAAGUGUCGAUGGAAGAAGGUGACAAUGCCCAUUUCGAGUGCCGGGUGGAGCCCAAGACGGACGCCAACCUGCGGGUCGAGUGGUACCACAACGGCAAGCUCCUGCAGAGCGGCCAUCGCUUCCGCACCGUUUUUGAGCUGGGCUUCGUCUCCCUGGAUAUUUUGUACGCCUAUCCGGAAGACGCCGGCGAGUACAUGUGCCGAGCCUUUAACCGCAAAGGCGAGGCCACCACCAAGGCCAGCCUCACAUGCAAAAGUGUUCCGGCCAUCAUCAUGCAGAACCAGAUGCCCCGCGGCAUGAAGAAAUCUGAGACGCUUCUGCAGAUGGAAGCGGCCCUGAAGAAAUACACGUCCGAGAUCUUCCUGACGGAGGACGACAUCUAUGACGCCGACAAGCGCCAGCCGCCGCGCUUCGUGACUCAGAUCAUGGACAUGCUGGAGCUUAAGGAGAUGGAGAUGACCAAGUUCGAGUGCCAGCUGGCCCCGGUCGGCGACCCCAACAUGCGGGUCGAGUGGUUCUUCAACGGCAAGCCGCUGGCCUACAAGACCCUUCACGGCUUCACGCCCAUCUACGACUUUGGCUACGUGGCCAUGAAUUUCGGCUGGGUCUACCCGGAGGAUUCCGGCGAGUACGUCUGCCGGGCCACCAAUAAGUACGGCAUGGACGAGACUAGGGCCUUCAUCAAGACGACGGGCAGCAAGGGCAUCAUUUACGAUUCCCAGCUGCCCAAGGGCAUGCAGAGCGUGGAAAUGAUCCGCGAAAUGGAAGCCUCCUGGCAGAGAAUGCCGGACGAGAGGGCUGAAGCCGAGGUGCUAAAGGAGAAGCCCGUCUUCGUCCUCCAGCCCAAGAACGUCCAGGUGAUGGAAGGCGAAUGGGCCCGUUUCUGCUGCCGAGUCACCGGCUACCCUCGCCCCAGGGUGAUGUGGAUCCUGAACGGACACACUGUCAUCAAUGGCACUCGAAACAAGUUGACGUACGACGGCAUGUGGCACCUGGACAUCCCCAAGACGCGCCAAUACGACGACGGCAAACUGGAAGUGGUGGCCCGCAACUCGCAGGGAUCGGCCAGCUGCGUCGUGGAGCUCAAAGUCACGGCCCGCAACGACGACCACCGCGGUGUCCUCAAGAAUUCACCCAAACCAUGGUAUGAUAGCGACCUGAAAACUUACCAGAAGGAUCGACAGGACAGCGGCGAGCUCCAGCGCCGCUUCGAGGACCCGUCCCGCCAGGCCCAGAGCGAUUCUGCGGCCGAGUUCUUCACCAAGAAGUCGGUCCAGGAGACGGAAACGGAGUGGCAGCGACAGGUCAAGAGCAAGAAGAACGACGACUAUUACAAGAGCCUCAAACAGCUGGAGGAUAAUGUCGUACACAAGGAGGUGAAAUUGCGAGAAGCUUCGCACCAGUUCGCCAUUCCGGGCGAGAAGAUUGUCAAGAGUUCCAUGGCCAAGGGCAUGGCCCAGAGCUACGAAACCAAAUUGGAUCACUCGUCGGAGCAGACGGAACAGAGACACGACCAGAUGACGACAGUCAUCAGCCGCCAGUCGGUGGAGCGCCAAACGGCGACCAGCCGCAAGACGAGCGAGGCCCACCGGUCGGAGGUGCACAUCGACUCUGAUCGCGGCGGAGUGCCGCCAGACCCGUUCGAGUCGUCUGUUCACGGCCGUGAGGUUCACGUGGCCAAGCAGAAGCAGGUCCAGAAGGAGACCAAGGGCCAGAUGGAGAUCACCCGCAAGAUCACGGCCACCGAGACCACCGAAGUCGAGCACAAGGGCCGCACCCACGAACGCGUCGUCCAGGGCCAAGUGAAACCGGCCGUGCCGCCGUUCUUCACCAAGAAGAUCCAGCCGUGCCGAGUGUUUGAGCACGAGAGCGCCCGCUUCGAGGUGGAAUUCGAGGGCGAUCCAACGCCGACCGUCACCUGGUUCCGUGAGGAUUUCCCCAUCAAGAACUCGUCCGAGUUCCAGAUCCACAACUUCAGAUCCAAGUCGGUGCUGACGAUCCGCCAGGUCUUUAUGGAGGAUUCCGGAAUCUUCGCCGCCGUGGCCGAGAACCACGGAGGCGGGGCCAAGUGCAGCGCCAACUUGGUGGUGGAGGAGCGGCCCGUCGGCCGCGGCGGACUCGUCCCGCCUUCCUUCCUCAGCACCAUCCAGGACACGAGCGUCAAGCACCCUCCUGUCGCUAUUCUAAGCGCCGGCCAGCUGAUCCGCUUCGACGCCAAAGUGACGGGCACCAAGCCCAUGGACAUUUACUGGCUCAAGAACGGCCGGAAGAUCGCCUCCGACAUCCGCUACAAGAUCCUGGAGGAGGACGACGUCUACACGCUCAUCAUCAUCGAAACGCUGCCGGAAGACUCUGGCAUCUACGAGUGCGUUGCCAUCAACUCGGCUGGCGAGGGCCGCUGCGAGGCCCAGUGCUACGUCGAGAUAGCCCAGGUGGUCAAGUCGGGUGGAUCUUCGCCGGAAGCUAAAGGAUCGUCGAAAUCCUCGACCUCGUCGCCUCGCUUCUCGCUGGCUAUGAAGGAGCAGAACGUUCCGGAAGGCCAAGCGGCCGUCUUCCGCUGCCGUGUGGCCGGCAAUCCGGCCCCGCAGAUCAACUGGGAGAAGGACGGCCAUCAGAUCAAACCUUCGCGCUAUUUCAUCAUGUCGCAGGAAGGUAGCGACACCCACGUCCUCCGCAUCUCGGAAGCUUUCCCGGAAGACGAAGGCACUUAUCGAUGUGUGGCCAGCAACGCCACCGGCCAGGCCGAGUGCUCCGCCAGCCUCCACGUCAUCGCUCGCGAUUCCGGCGACGUUCCGCCGUCGUUGACCAACCUGGAAGACGUCAACGUCGUUGAGGGCAGCCCCGUCCAGUUCCGCACUUUGGUCAGCGGCACUCCGCUGCCGACCAUCCAGUGGAUGAGGGAGGGCCAGAUCAUCCCGCCGUCCAGCGACUUUCAGCAGAUGAUCCAGGAAGGUAACCACGCGGUCUUAUUGAUCAAAACCACCUACCCGGAGGAUUCGGGCGUCUACACGUGUCUCGCCACCAACCCGGCCAGUCAAGUGGAGUCGUCUGCGUACCUGACCGUGCACAGUAAGCCCUAAAACAAAACAAAACAAA